ACCACUUGUGCAGAGUGCCUGAGCCUGCGGUCCUCAUGACAGGUGACACGGGCCCCCCAAAGCUCAGCAGGACCAGAUAUGGCUCCAUCUCCAGCCCACCCAACCCAGGGUUACAGCAAGAGCCUCCCGGAGGGACCUACCUGAGCAAGAAGAUCCCCAUCCCAGAUGCAGAACCGGGCGCAUUCAGCCUGCGGAAGCUGUGGGCCUUCACGGGGCCCGGCUUCCUUAUGAGCAUCGCUUUCCUGGACCCAGGAAACAUCGAGUCGGACCUUCAGGCUGGGGCUGUGGCUGGAUUCAAACUGCUCUGGGUACUGCUGUGGGCCACCGUGUUGGGCUUGCUCUGCCAGCGACUUGCUGCCCGGCUGGGCGUGGUGACAGGCAAGGACUUGGGCGAGGUCUGCCAUCUCUACUACCCUAAGGUGCCCCGCAUCCUUCUCUGGCUGACCAUCGAGCUAGCCAUCGUGGGUUCAGACAUGCAGGAAGUCAUUGGCACAGCUAUUGCAUUCAAUCUGCUCUCAGCUGGACGAAUCCCACUCUGGGGUGGUGUCCUCAUCACCAUCGUGGACACAUUCUUCUUCCUCUUCCUCGAUAACUACGGGUUGCGGAAGCUGGAAGCCUUUUUUGGAUUUCUUAUUACCAUUAUGGCCUUGACCUUCGGCUAUGAGUAUGUGGUGGCACGUCCUGCUCAGGGAGCACUUCUUCGGGGCCUGUUCCUGCCCUUGUGCCCUGGCUGCGGCCAGCCCGAGCUGCUGCAGGCCGUGGGCAUCAUUGGCGCCAUCAUCAUGCCCCACAACAUCUACCUGCACUCAGCCCUGGUCAAGUCUCGAGAGAUAGACCGGGCCCGCCGGGCAGAUAUCCGAGAAGCCAACAUGUACUUCCUGAUUGAAGCCGCCAUCGCCCUGUCUGUCUCCUUCUUCAUCAACCUCUUUGUUGUGGCUGUCUUUGGGCAAGCCUUCUACCAGCAAACCAACCAGGCUGCGUUCAACGUCUGUGCUAACAGCAGCCUCCACGACUACGCCAAGAUCUUCCCCAUGAACAACCUUACAGUGGCGGUGGACAUUUACCAAGGAGGCGUGAUCCUGGGCUGCCUCUUUGGUCCCGCAGCCCUCUACAUCUGGGCGGUGGGUCUGCUGGCCGCCGGGCAGAGCUCCACCAUGACCGGCACCUACGCGGGACAGUUUGUGAUGGAGGGCUUCCUGAAGCUGCGGUGGUCACGCUUCGCCCGAGUCCUGCUCACUCGCUCCUGUGCCAUCCUGCCCACCAUGCUCGUGGCAGUCUUCAGGGACCUCCGGGACCUGUCAGGCCUCAACGACCUGCUCAACGUGCUGCAGAGCCUGCUGCUUCCCUUCGCUGUGCUGCCCAUCCUCACGUUCACCAGCAUGCCCACCCUGAUGCAGGAGUUCACCAAUGGCCCGGUGAGCAAGGCCUGCACUUCUUCCAUCAUGGUGCUGAUCUGUGCCAUCAACCUCUACUUUGUGGUCAGCUACUUGCCCAGCCUACCCCACCCUGCCUACUUCAGCCUUGUGGCACUGCUGGCCGCAGUCUACCUGGGCCUCACCACCUACCUGGCCUGGACCUGUCUCAUCACCCAUGGAGCCACCUGUCUGGCCCACGGUUCCCACCAACACUUUCUGUAUGGGCUUCCUGAAGAGGAUCAGGAGGAGAAGACCUCUGGAUGAGCUCCCACCCAGGGCACGGCCGAGGGUGGAAUGAGUGGGGCAGACUGGCCUGCUGGACCAGUGGGGGGCGGGGGCGGUGUGUGGAGGCACAAGAUGGAGUUCUGGAAGCAGGCCAACCCUGGUUCUGUAGGGACCUGCUGUCUCCUAGUUUGCACAAGUGAUUAACCUCCAGAUCUCAGGGUUCUCAACUAUAAAAUGGGGACACCAACCUUGCAACGGACAUAAAUAAAGCACUUUAACGCAGA